UUGAAGCUAUAGAAUUCAGUUUAUUGUGGUUCUUACAAGUUAUAUUACUUAUCAUUCAAUUUACUUUUCUAUUAAGUAUUUGGCGUUGUACUAAAUAGGUCCAAAAUUAUAAUCAUGAAGAUCUUAUUAUUUAGUAUUAUUCUGUUGUCAGCUACGAUGGGGUUUUGCCAAGGGAGAAACUCUAUUAAUAUUGAAAUCGAUGGUAACCAUCAUGUUAACAUGGCCAAUGGCCCUGACAAUAAUAGUGUGGCAAAAACUGAAUCACCUACGAAUACUUACGGAAUUGAGGAUAACAUUUUCGAAUUUGAUUUGCGUGACAAAAAUAGCAGUGACCGUCCACCGCAUAUUAAUAUUUACUACAAAUCUGGAGUUACUAAUAGGGAAAACCGUCCACCGCAUAUUCAUAUUUACUGCCCAUGUGGAGUUGAUGGCCCCGAAAAUAAUAGGAGACCACCGCCUUUGGAUUUUUACAUCGCUGGUGAAAACGAAUAUAGCCAACGCCAAGACCCUUUGAAUAAUAGUGGGGCAAAAACUGAAUCACCUACGAAUACUUACGGAGUUGAGGAAAACAUUUUCGAAUUUGAUUUGCGUGGCGAAAAUAGUAGAGACCGCGCACCGCAUAUUAAUAUUUACUACGUAUCUGUAGUUUUUGGCACCGGCAAUAAUAGGGCACCCGGUCUACUACAUAUUAAUAUUUACUACCAGCCUGGAGUUCUUGGUCCCGAAAAUAGUAGGGCAAACGCUGAACCACCUUCAUAUUAUCACGGAAUUGGAUAUCCGCCAUUACCAGUACAUAGACCAUCUGGAGAAGACUGGAAUAAUUAUAAUCCUAACUUUCUAAGUCAACCUUGGCCAAAUCCUCCUUCCCGCAAUAGUCGCACCAGCGCAGAACAGCCUACAAAUAGUUACGGAAUGGGUGGCAACGACAAUAAUACGGCAAAUACUGAACCACCUACAGGUGCUUUCAGAAUGGGUGGCACCAACAUUAAUAGAAACCCGCAAUCACCACCACUUGGACCAUCUGGAGAACACUGGAAUAAUAAUAUGAAUAAUAUUAAUCCUAACUUUCCAUGGGCAAACACUGUACCGCCUUCAUAUAAUCACGGAAAUGGUGGCCAACCACCACUUGGACCAUCUGGAGAAUACUGGAAUAAUCAUACGAAUAAUAUUAAUCCUAACUUUCCAAUGGGAAACUAUAGACCAUCAAAUAGUUGGUACAACAGACCUGGAGUUGGUGGUACCGACAAUAAUAGUCAACCUUGGCCAAAUCCUCCUUCCCGCAAUAGUCGCACCAGCGCAGAACAGCCUACAAGUAGUUACGGAAUGGGUGGCAACGACAAUAAUAAGGCAAAUACUGAAUCCCCUACAGAUGCUUUCAGAAUGGGUGGAACUAACAUUAAUAGAAAUCCGCAAUCACCACCACUUGGACCAUCUGGAGAACACUGGAAUAAUAAUAUGAAUAAUAUUAAUCCUAACUUUCCAUGGGCAAACACUGUACCGCCUUCAUAUAAUCACGGAAAUGGUGGCCAACCACCACUUGGACCAUCUGGAGAACACUGGAAUAAUCAUACGAAUAAUAUUAAUCCUAACUUUCCGAUGGGAAACUAUAGACCAUCAAAUAGUUGGUACAAUGGACCGCCAUUACCUGUGCAUGGAACAAAUGAUCCAGAAUACGUUAAUUACAUAAAUAGAGUUUAUCCAGGUAGUAACUUUCCAGUGAGAAACAAUGGACAGUCAACUAAUGCGUACUACGGAUCAGGAUUUGGCGGCUUUGUUAACAAUAGUCAGCCUUGGCCAAACAACCCUUACCAAAAUAGUUGGACCAACACUCCCUACGAACAUCCUGCGAAUAGUUACCAAAUGGGUGGCAACGACUAUAAUAGGGCACAUACUGAACCACCUACAAAAGCUUCCGAACUGAGUGACAACGACAGUAAUAGGGCACAUACUGAACCACCUACAAAAGCUUCCGAAAUGAGUGACAACGACAGUAAUAGGGCACAUACUGAACCACCAACAAAAGCUUCCGGAAUGAGUGACAACGACAGUAAUAGGGCACAUGCUGAACCACCUACAGAUGAUUUCGGAUUUGGCGACAACGACAGUAAUAGGGUAAAUACUGAACCACCUACAGCUGCUUUUGAAAUGGUUGGCAACGACAAUAUAAUGGCAAAUACUGAAUCGCCUACAGAUGCUUUCAGAAUGAGUGACACCAACAUUGAUAAUAUGGGUCCACGUCGGCCAAACCGCCGCAAUAGGACCAACACUGGAUUGCCUAGGAAUAGUUACGAAAUUAAUAGCACCAGCAAUAUUAGGCAACGUCGGCCAACCCGGAAUAUUAGGACCAACACUGAACCGCCUAGGAAUAAUUAUGAAAUUGCUGGGGAAAACAAUGGAUGGUGUAAUCUCUUGUUAAAUAUUCUCGGAUUUGGUGUUAGAGGCGUUAAUAAUGCAUUCAAUAGAUGGUUUAAUAGGGUAAACACUGGACCGCCUACGAAUAUUCACAGAACUGAUGGCACCGACAACAAUAGGUCAAUUACUGAAACACCUACAGAUGGCAACGACAAUAACAGUCAUCCGCAAGAACCGCGAUCUGCGUCAGAAAACCGGAGAAAUAAUUGUAAUAUAAUGUAAAUGUCUAGCUUAUUCAUCAUAAGCAUUUCAUUGUUAAACUAUAAAAAAAAUAUAAAUUGUAAUAUAUAAAAAAAAUUGUUUCCCGUUAUCUUCUGUUU